AGAAGCAAGCUACCAUGAAGGUAUUAGCGUUCUCUCUACUCUUUCUUGUGGGCUAUAGCACGGCCUUGUCGCUAAUUCCAGGAAUAAAACUAGGAAUAGGUGGUGGAACAAGUGCAGGAUUCAAUGCAGGUAAAGGAGGAGCGAAUGCAAACAUAGGCGGAGGCAUAAAUACAGAAAUCAAUGGAGUUAAAAGCGGAGUGAAUGUAAACGUAGGCGGAGGAGUAAGUGGAGGAGCCAAAGGGGGAUUAGGUAUAGGAGCAAAUGGUGGAGUGCAAAUUGGAAUAGGAGGAUGGAAACCACCUCGUAUACCCAUUCCUAUAAUAUCUUGGGGAAGCAAAAGUACUUCGACUACCACUCAAAAGUCUACCUCACCUCAUACUACUAGACAUCCAACCGUACCAUCUAAACCUAGUUCGCCCAGUACUGUACACUCAACCAAACCAUCCAAUCCUAAACCUACUUCGCCCAGUAUUGUACACCCAAUCAAACCAUCCAGUCCUAAACCUACUUCACCCAGUAGUGCACACCCAACCAAACCAUCCAGUCCUAAACCUACUUCACCCAGUACUGUACACCCAACCAAACCAUCCAGUCCUAAACCUACUUCACCCAGUAGUGCACAUCCAACCAAACCAUCCAGCCCUAAACCUACUUCUCCCAGUAGUGUACACCCAACCAAACCAUCCAGUCCUAAACCUACUUCGCCCAGUAGUGCACACCCAACCAAACCAUCGAGUCCUAAACCUACUUCUCCCAGUAGUGUACACCCAACCAAACCAUCCAGUCCUAAACCUACUUCACCCAGCAGUGUACACCCAACUAAACCAUGGAGCAGCUCUGUUUCACCUAGUUCUCCCAGUUCUGCAAAACCGACCGAAGCAUCUGGCAGCUCUGCCUCACCAAGUGAUAUAUCUACUGCCCCUUAUAAUGAUUCCAGUAGCCCUGCUGCAUCAAGUUCUUCCAGUUCCGCAGAACCGACCGAAGCAUCUGGCAGCUCUGCUUCACCAAGUGAUGAAUCUACUACCCCUUAUGAUGAUUCCAGUAGCCCUGCUGCAUCCAGUUCUGAAGAACCAACCGAAGGAUCUAGCAGCUCUGCCUCACCAAGUUCUUCCAGUUCUGCAGAACCGACCGAAGCAUCUGGCAGCUCUUCCUCACCAAGUGAUGAAUCCACUACUCCUUGUGAUGAUUCCAAUAGCCCUGCUGCAUCCAGUUCUGAAGAACCAACCGAAGCAUCUAGCAGCUCUGCCUCACCAAGUUCUUCUAGUUCUGAAGAACCAACCGAAGCAUCUAGCAGCUCUGCCUCACCAAGUUCUUCUAGUUCUGCAGAAACAACCGAAGCAUCUAGCAGCUCUUCCUCACCAAGUUCUUCCAGUUCUGUACAACCAACCGAAGCAUCUGGCAGCUCUUCUUCACCAAAUGAUGAAUCCACUACCCCUUGUGAUGAUUCCAGUAGCCCUGCUGCAUCCAGUUCUGAAGAACCAACCGAAGCAUCUAGCAGCUCUGCCUCACCAAGUUCUUCUAGUUCUGCAGAACCAACCGAAGCAUCUAGCAGCUCUGCUUCACCAAGUUCUUCUAGUUCUGCAGAACCGACUGAAGCAUCUGGCAGUUCUUCUUCACCAAGUGAUGAAUCCACUACCCCUUGUGAUGAUUCCAGUAGCCCUGCUGCAUCCAGUUCUGAAGAACCAACCGAAGCAUCUAGCAGCUCUGCUUCACCAAGUUCUUCUAGUUCUGAAGAACCAACUGAAGCAUCUAGCAGCUCUUCCUCACCAAGUUCUUCUAGUUCUGCAAAACCGACUGAAGCAUCUGGCAGCUCUUCUUCACCAAGUGAUGAAUCCACUACCCCUUGUGAUGAUUCCAGUAGCCCUGCUGCAUCCAGUUCUGAAGAACCAACCGAAGCAUCUAGCAGCUCUGCUUCACCAAGUUCUUCCAGUUCUGCAGAACCGACCGAAGCAUCUAGCAGCUCUACUUCAUCAAGUUCUUCCAGUCCGAUUUGUACCUGUCCUUGUACUUGUUAGAUCCAAGUUCACCUUGUGAAGAACAAAGUGAACUAUCUAAAAGCUCUACUUAGUUCUUCCAGUUAUGAACAUAGAAAGAACGAAGCAUCCAACAAAUCUGUCUUACCCAUUUAUUAUUAAUGAAUGUGCAGAGAGUAGAUAUAAGGAAAUUCUCAAAUGUUAAACGUUAGAAAAAAAAAAUGUUAAAAAAAAAGAAUAUCUAACGAAUUGUAAUCAUCAAAAAAAGAAAAAAAAAUUACUUUUUCUUUCCUUAA